AACAAGAAGCCACCUUCAAACCAAUACAACAAGAGCAAGAACAAAUAAGCACAAUGCUUCCAUUCCUCCUCCUCCUCCUCCUCCUCCCAUCCUCCUCCACAGCCCUGGACUUCUGCGUCGGCGACAUAACCACCCCUCAAACCCCCUCCGGCUACCACUGCAAGUCUCCGACAAAGGUCACCAUCGAUGACUUCAUCUUCAAUGGCUUUGAACAACCAGGAAACACAACCAACAUCAUCAAAGCCGCCGUUAGCCCAGCCUUUGCCGCCCAAUUCCCCGGCCUUAACGGUCUCGGCAUCUCACUAGCUCGUCUCGACCUUGCACCAGGCGGCGUCGUCCCUCUCCACACUCACCCCAGCGGCAAUGAAGUCCUACUCGUAGUUCAAGGCUCAAUUAAGGCCGGCUUUAUCUCAUCAUCGAACUCCGUUUAUUAUAAAACAUUGCACAAAGGUGACAUUAUGAUUUUUCCUCAAGGUUUACUUCAUUUUCAGAUUAAUGCUGGUGGUAUUCCUUCAGUGGCUUAUGCUAGUUUUAGUAGUUCAGACCCUGGGCUUCAGAUUACUUCAAUUGCAUUGUUUGGAAGUAGUUUGCCUUCUAUAAUCAUUGAGAAGACUACGUUCUUGGAUCAUGCUCAGGUGAAGAAGCUUAAGGCUGUGCUUGGUGGUAUGAACUAGAGUUCGCCGGAGCUCCGGUUGUGGUGCAUGCAUGUUUGCUUUCUUUCUUAAUUUGGUGCCUAAAUAAUUUAUGUGCUAUGUAUAAUUGUUGGGAUGUUGGUCUUUUAAUUUGUACUUGUUUGAUUUUCUAGUCAUUAAUUUGAUUUUAUGUUUA